CAGUGAGAGAGGCGGGGUCAGUAUUUGGCAGGUUCGUCCCUUGAGGGUGUGUAUGUGUGUGUAUGAGUCUCUCUAAGCAACGACCUGCAAACGGGCAUCCGAGCCAGUCCGAGCUAAAGAAGAAAAAAAAAACAGGAACCACAUUAAUUUCGAGUGUCUUUGCAAUGUUCCCGACGAUAUUUCUACAUCGUCUGCUUUGAUCCCAUCGAAGUUGUCGUCUCUCCAGACGUCGGCCACACAAACCGAACAAGAAAUUAAUGCAUCUUGCUCCGCGUUCCUGUUUGUUUUGACCUGUGUAGCUAGAAGGAAUCCUGCAAGAGGGAUUAGCGGUCCGUCAAUGAGGAACUACCGGCUCAUCUUCUGCCACAACCUGAAGCAACCAUAGAUGGUUCAGUGGUUUACUGGCCAGGGGAGGAGAGGAUAGGACACACUUUCACUGCUACACGUGUGUACAGAGUGUGACUGACGAUGAAAGACGUGAGGUCUUGGCGGGGUUGUGGUGAGGAGGAGGAGGAGGCCAUGAGGAAGAGCGUGUCUCCGUUGCCAGGCAACGAGGGCGGGAGCUCAGCCAGCACCACACGGGUUUUUGGCGUUCCUUUGGAGGAGGUGACACGCACACACACAAUCAGCGGCCAUGAGGUUCCUGCACUGGUGAAACACAUUGUUGACUACAUUGAGGAGCACGGUCAUCUGGACUUGGAGGGACUGUUCCUGGUUAAUGGCAACGCAGAGCGAGUGGACUGGCUCCGUCAGCGCUAUGACAGUGGUGAGGAGGUGGAGCUGGAGAAAGAAGCCGAUCUGGCGUCAGCGGUCAGUUUGCUCCGACUCUUCCUGCAGGAGCUUCCUGAGCCUGUUAUCCCAACGGCUAUACAAGGACACAUACUACAGCUUCACCAAGAUUACACCAAUGAAGAAGAACUGUGCAGAAACUUGAAGUAUCUGCUGCAGCAACUUCCCCAGUUGAACUAUGGUCUGCUGCGUUUCCUGUGCCGCUUCCUAUCCAGCGUGGCAUCACUUCAGCGGGAGAGCUGGAACAUUGGGGCGCUGGCCGCCGUCUUCGGACCUGACAUCUUCCAUCUGUCAACAGAAGGAGAGGACCUUCGAGACCAGGAGUCUGUCAGCAGAGUCCUGGCAGAGCUGCUGGACAAUCAGGAGGGUCUGUUUGACUCGGAGGACGAUGACGUCUCCACGACCAACGAUUACAGCUCCAUCAAUGAACAGAUCACAGAGCUGUUGGAUGAUGAGAAGUGUGAGGCAGAAUGUGAAGAGCUGCCACAGGACGGAGAGGAAGGCCCGGCCGCCUCCGACUCACCACAACACACACACACUGACGACAGCCCCUCAUCCAGCUCCCACCUCUCCACCAUAUCCAUCCUGCCCACUGACUCUGCUGAGAUAAUUCAGCGAACCAUCAGAGCUGCAGUGGAGCAGCACUUCUUUGAGCUGAAAACCUCCAUCGACCAAGACCUCAGUAGCUACGACAGCCAGGGGGCAAGUCCCAGUGAGCCUGCAGAACGGGGUUGCCAUGGUGAUGAGGAACAACAAACUGACCCCGAGGACAGUCCCUGCGACACAGAAGGGGAAACCCCACUCAAUCAGACCGAGCAGCACAUCCAACAAAGCCAGAAAGACACACAGGUCAGUAGGAGAUGUGGAUUCCCCCUGGAGGAGAGCUCAGGAAUGGAUCUGGAUGCAGAAGCUGUCAGUGAUGAUGAGAACAACUUUAACACUGCCAGGCAGGACAAUCAGCCCCUUGUCACCAUGGAGCAGACCGUCACCAUCACCUGUGAAUCGAGUUCAUGCUGUUGUGAUCAGAACGCCAACACCAGCGAGAACAACAGGAACCACCUGUCGCCAUGCCAACCGAACUCUGGCCACAACCCUCACCUCCAGCUUUUUCCUGACAACCAAUGGGAAGCGUCACCCCCCUCCCAUCUCCACCUCCCUCCCAUAGACUUCUCAUGUAUGCAUCUGCAAAAGGAAGGCCAAGACCCCGUCCCAGCUUACAAAUCCUGGCAGGACGACAACGACGGUGGAGAGGCGCAGCUCUCCCCCCUGGCUGGUCGCAUGGUCCCUCUCCCCCCGCUACCCUUGGAGGAGGAUGGUGAGGAGGAAGAGGGGGAGGGAGUGCAGGACGACUCUCCCUCCUCCUCCCGCUCCCACCCUCACCUCCUGGCACGACGCUUUCUCGAUUUUGGAGCGCAUGGCGCCCAACGAUUCCUCCAGCAGGACCUGGACGCCACCUCACCCACCAAAGCACAGAGGCCGAGGCGAGCGUCAUUUGGCUCCAAAGAAGCAAUGAGAGGAGAUUCAGUGACCCACCAACUCACCAAGAAGCUUCAGCAUCUGAAAAAGAAAAUCAAACAGUUUGAAGAGCAGUUUGAGAAAGAGAGGAACUAUAAGCCCUCGCAUGGAGACAAGGCAGCUAACCCCAAAGUCCUCAAAUGGAUGACUGACCUGACCAAGAUCCGCAGGCAGAUUAAAGGACGCCAGCACCACCUUUUACCCAGAAGCACGCUGAGGCACCAGGCUUUGCUCCAUUCACACAGACGCCACCAUGCUCCCUCCUCCCCUUCCUCCUACUCCUCCUCCUCUAUCUGCUCACCUCCCCAUCACACACUCACCCCCCCGCUCCACCCCUACUCAGGCCUGAGCUCUAGACCGUUUCACCUCAAUGCCAAACAUCGUGCUGAGAGUGAGCUCGGCCCUCAAACUCGUCCUCGCAGCAACACUUUGCCCAAAAGCUUCGGCUCAACGCUGGAUCAGAGCACUUAUGAUGCAGCCGUGGAGGUCAAAGGUCCACGUCCCACCAGGGAGGAAACACUGGAGCUGAUCCAGCGCAGGGUCAAAGGGAAGAGGCAGGAGGACGGCUGGCCUGAUGACAUCAAGAAGAUGACCAAGGAGCAGCUGUCUUGUGAGAAAACAGUACUUCAAAAGAACCUCCUGCACUACGAAGGCCUCCAUGGUCGACCAGUGACCAGAGAGGAGCGUCUGGUGGUGAAGCCUCUCUACGAUCGCUACAGACUGGUCAAACAAAUGCUCACCAGAGUCAGCAUCACACCCAUUACAGUAUCCCCCUCUAGUAAAAGGCGGAGUCAAACCCUACAGCCAAUCAUCGAGGGUGAAACUGCUCAUUUCUGGGAGGAGAUCAAAGAGGAGGAGGAGGAGGAGCGGAAAGGUGGCGGAGGAGGAGAAGAAGAAGAGAGGGAGGAUGAGCAAAAUGAGGAUGAGGAUGAAGAGGAGGAGGAGGAGGAGGGAGAGAGCAGCGGCGGCGAGAUGCAGAGCCCUGAGGUCAUCAUGGCCGUCGACCCCAUGAGCCUGACCGAUGGACCUGUGAGCAGCCAGAACCAGCCUGACAGACAGAGCGACUGUCCAAUGAGAGAGAAGGUGGAGGAGGGUUCAGGAAGGCUGGCGCUGGACCUGCGGCUGUCCAGCUCGAACGCCUCGUCCAUGCCAGAGCUGCUGGAACAGCUGUGGAAGGCCAGAGCAGAGAAGAAGAAACUGAGGAAGACCAUCCGAGAGUUUGAGGAAGAUUUCUACCAGCAUAAUGGAAGAAAUGUUCAGAAGGAGGAUCGGGUUCCGAUGCUAGAGGAGUACCGAGAGUACAAAAGGAUCAAGGCCAAACUCCGGCUCCUGGAAGUCCUCAUCAGCAAACAGGAUUCCUCCAAAUCCAUCUAGACCCUCAUCAGAUACCUGCUGUCACCACACAUCAUCACUGCAGCGAGGCCACUCCCAGGAUCACUCCAGCCAACAACAUGCACAUUACAAGACUUCACACCUUCAUGACCUCCUCAUGCGGUGCUGCAGUCAGGUCACGGGGAAACAAAGUCUAGGCUUUGGAUGCAUUCAUUAAAAUUACCACGUAGAUACCACGAUAUAGCCUCUUUGUUCACACUGUAGUAUUGCAGUUGGAAAUCUUCACCAGUGAAGAAGAGUCUCCAGUAACAUGUUUGGGGCUUCUAGACUUCACCUGCAAUUUCACUACAAGAACCAAUGUAAAGUUUUGACUCUUGGGUUGUAGUUCUCAAACCGAUUCAGUCACAAGUGGAGUAAAAGCUGUUAAACUAUCAGUGACUGGUCAAACAGUUGGACUGACACGGUUUGUAAACAACAUUCAGUUUGUAACCAAACACUCAAGGACUACAAAAAAAAGGUGAGGAAUUAGUCAGCUUUGACUAAAACAGCAGCAACAUAAUGAAAAUGAGGGAAUUUUUAAGUCAAUCUAAUUUGCCAAAUGUCUGCAAGUCGAUGGGAACAAACAGGCAAACUAUUCGGUACAAAGCAAACUAAAAAAAAGUUGACAUUUUUAAGCAUUUCGGCUCGAAAUUAAUUUAAGUAAAUCUCAAUUAACUGUAUGUGACUACAACUAAUCUUAGAAUGUCUACAGCUACCAAAUAAGGGUCCUUAUUAAUCCCCAAGUUUGCUGUAAAUGUGACGUUAUAAACCUGCAAUUUUACUGAUUUUUUCCCCAUGACAUGAAUGCAGCAGCAGCACUGGUUAAACUUAAAACGGCUCAUGGCUGACACUUGCUGCCUCAGUCUGACUACAUAUCAUCUAAAGCACGGCAGCAGUUUAAAAACGUGGAGGAAAAGGACUCAUCACUGUUUGUCCUCAUCAUCGUCUCACCAACUUGACUUAAGACUUUGCACUCGUGUCUCGUGUAUUUCCUCGUUUUCUGGUGGGGAAACAAAAACGCGUUCUGACUUUUUUAUUUCAGGAACUCUUCUGUUGUCGAUCUGUGUUCUUCGUGUUGCUGAAUAUUCUUAUCGGACAGCUCGAGGACUGGCAUUUUAGACGCUCUUCAGUUAAGACACUUCUUCAUUUGGGACGCCGCACACUGUGUCAGGGUUCCCACUUUUGUUUCAACCUUUUCUCCCCUGUUGUUAUUUUAAUAACAAUAUUAACAGUCAUAAUAAUUUACCAUCCUCACAUCCUGGAUGCUUCACCUUCUGACUGAUUUUAAAAUGCAUUUACAGAGUUUAAAAACAAGUUUGUGAGUGUAUUCUUUUUUCUUUUCUUUUUUUUUUACAACAAAGGUGUAUGCUCAUUUGUUUGUGUGUUUUCUUGAAUGAAAAAGUAACUGUUCGAUUCCAAGAGAAAAAUGGGGGAAAAAACAAUUGUAGUAACUCUGAUUAAGACCGGUUACAGUUUUCCUUUUCAUUCAUUUCUAUUCUUUAGGGUUUUCUUCUACUUUUUGUUUGCAUUUUGGGUUUUUUUUGUCCAGGAAGAUGUGCAUCAGUUGGCAUACAGUGGUGUUUUUAUCCCUAGCAAAAUGAUUCCUGGUUUAGUUGUCGUGCGCUCGGAUGUGAGUUUUUAGGUCAUAUGGUUUUGAUUUUAAUGGCACUUGAAGGCAGCAUUAGACAAAAGAUGCUCACAGAAAACGGCCCGACUCAGAUUAAGAGCUGUUGACGUGGAUGGACACGAUUAUUGCAGAAAUUAUGUGGAAAAUUCUGUACUUGCUGACUUUCCUCCUUGUUUCUCAGUCGUUUCCUGUUCGUUGUGCUACGUGAAGACGUGACGGGUUCUGAGGGACAAUGGGUGAUAAAUUCUGAAGAGACGAGCCAGUAUCUGGUCCACGUUGCUUCUUCAUCUCAGAGUCGAUAAAAGCAUGUUGGCUGGUCGUCGGUGGUUGUUGGUUAGGGUCUGACGAUGUCUGUGAGGUGCCAACACUGCCAGCACUGACUUCAAAUGGAGUGAAGCAACUCCGUCAGUGUCGAAGGUCUCAUUCGUAUGUUAGCAUGACGUCAGAGGGAAGUUGUUCUAAAGUGAAGCAGGAGUCCUUCUCGGUCAAAUCUGCAGUUCCAGUGAAGUUUGAUUUCCUGCUGGCAGGUCAAAUGAGGACAGGAGGAGGAGAAUGCCAACGAGCUUGACCUCUUUAUUCUUCUUUGAGGCCAUGUUGUCCUGCUUGUAUCAGACAGAAUUCGAAGUGUCACAGUGAGAUAAAGAAAUGUCCAACAGUCCCUGAAUUUUGGCUUUAGCUGCUAAGUUUGUAAACCGGCUGUUUGUCAAGUGGCGUUUUAUCGAUUAAUCUUGGCUGGUAAAGAGGCUGGUUACUUGUGUAAUGUUUGUUUUAGGCAGAUAGACACAGGUGGUGUACAUUUCUCUGCCUGAAUCAAAGCUGACUGCAGUCUUUAUUCUGUAAGUGGACAGCAGAUGUCACGGUUUGAAACUGAACCUUUGAAUGAGUUUUUGAGAUUGCGUGUUUGUGGGGGAUAUGAGGGGGGGUGUGGUGUGCGUUUGUCAGUUAGAGGUUUGAUGUAAAAAAAAAAUGUUAUUUGCACAGCAUUCACUGAAUGCAGCCCUUUUGAGUUUUUUUCAUUUGUAUUUCUAGAAAUGAAGCACUACUUCUAUACAAAUAUAAAUAUAUACUGUACAUAAGAAACACCCGAAGGAAUGAAUGUCAGAAAUGUUUAAAUUAUUUCAAACAUUACGUUUGGCCCCCUUUGGUUCAUUACAUUUGUGAUGCCCUGAGAAUGUGUUUUUUUUAUUAUAAAUAUUGCUAAUACUAUCAUAACCAUUAUUUUGUGUGAUAACAACAACAACAAUAAUCCUUUUGUAUCUACUCACUAACUGUAAAACCAGCCGUAGACGUUAGUCUGGCACUGUGUGUGGAUAAGUCACACAUGAACCUGCUCUGUUUUAUGAAUUAUUUUAUCGCUCUGUGUAAUAUAAGCUAAUAUAGAAGCAGUACUGUAGUGCGCUUGCAUGGCAAACGAGAACAUAAUAGUGUAAAAACAUGAUGUAUUGUUUCCAUUAUUUGUGCCAUGAAGAAGCAGCAAUAAUAAAAGUUUGCGUGGAGUUUUUCUAAAGUAUCAGGUCAUGGGUGAUGAUGGUUUGGAUCAUUUGAGGUACAAUGCGUUUUGUUUCGUUUUCCACAUGUUGUCACACACACUCUGCUCAGACGGUGUGUUUUUACCACUGCAUCACGUUGGCACCGCUGAAAACCAAAAUAUCAGUACAUUUGGGAAUGUUAGCGAGGAUUGAAAAAGCCAAUGACAGAUGUAUCAUAUGAGAAAACAUUCCGGUUUUUAUCAUCCUUCAAAAAGUGGAAACAAUCCAUCGUCAAUCUCUGAAGGGCUUUUACUUUAGCUUUUACUUUUUUUUUUUUUUUGAGUCUGACAAGGUGAAGAGUUGGUUUGUUUGGCACCUCAGUUACAAGAUUUCAAGUGAACAAACGGUGUGUUCUUUUCGUUGUUUUUCAUUGUGCCUGAGUGGUAAAAUUCACAUGUGGUUCACACGUUCUAAACUGUAAAUGUGUUCUGUCUUUGUCAGUGUACAGUAUCCUUCAUCUCACACUCGCCCCUCCGACGUGCAUGGUUGUUUUACGCAGCUGGAAUUCACAGCAGAGGUCGUCGUCAAAGAUGUCUCUUGGGUCAGCCCUCCUCCUGAAAAUGAUUUAGAGAUGAUCCGUUUUUUGGUCAAAACAGUAGCAGACAACGUAAGAGAUAUAUUUUUACAAUCUGUAAGGAGAUUUAAAUUUUAAGAAGUCUCUAAAGCUGUUUAAUUUAAAAGAAAGAAUCAUCUUACUGCUUUCGGAGAGCUCAGAUUUGUGACUGUACAGUUAGAAAUUCGCCAAAUCUUUAGUUUUUCUUUUAAUCGCAAACUGUGCAGUGAACAAUCUGACCGCAAAAAAAAAAAGUGACAUCUUUGAAACAGACUUUUGCUACAAAUUCCUUUAACCAGAGAGGAUUUCAGGAGGGGCAGGUUAUAAACUGCUCCUUCCUGCUUCCUCCAUUCGAUCUACAUGUGACGCGGUGUUUUACCACAUCAAUAUGAUGUAUCUAUAAAUGUUUUCUUACUUUGCGAAUGCUUUUUCUGUUGUUUCUUCAUUCACUAAAAAGGCUGAGAAAAUACAAUCAGUAACAAACAUUUACACGUGAAAAUAAAAUUUACAAGCUUGUCACACAACCUCUCCUGCUUUCUGAGUCAAAUAAACAGAAGAAAACUAUAAA